AUGGAAAAUGACGAUAAAGCAAUUUUAGCUCGUCUCACUCGUGAUAUUGCUAAUUAUUUGAAAUCGAAAGGAGAAGAAGAGUUUUCCAAUGACGACAAUUCAUCUUCUGUCGAACUAGCAAUACAAUAUUUUGGUUGGGCAAAGAACCUCUAUGAACGAGCCGAUAAAGUAAGGCGAGCAUAUGCAUCUAAGGAUCCAUUAAAUCCAUUAAAUAUUAUAAAUACAUUGAUUGCCACUGCAGAACGAAAACUUCCAACAAUAACGACGAAAACUCGAACAUGGUAUUUGAUUCCAUUAGUUGGACAUGUCAUUGUAUCGGUUGCCUCUUUAGGUUAUUCGUGUCCACUACAAUUAAUUCCUUAUCCAAGCGAAUGGGAUGAUCCAACAUGUAUUCAAGAUCUUCCAACAAGAAUUGAUUUUAUCGGUGCAACUGUUCAUGGUUCUCGGUUUAUUUAUGAUGAUCCAAAAACGGCAUCUCGACGACGUACAAUUGAGUUGGCUGCUUUGAAACGAAAAAUUGAAGCUCGAUUCCAUGAGAAAAAAGUUAGCCCCGGUCGUCCUGUCGAACAAUUUAUUGCUGAAUUAGAUAAGGUGCUUCAAAAUUUACAUGAUAUACCUAUGAUUAAUCAAUAUCGAAACACGUUGUUAAUUCAAAGUCAAUCUAGUCAAUCUCAAGUUACGAAUCGGCCUGUAGUUAAGAAAAAGAAAAAUUAUGGGCGAUUAGUUAAACGUUUAAAAUAUAAAUUUAGAUUGGCUAACGUUACAGUAAGAAAAUCUGAUAAAUCAAAAGUUUUCCAUUUAGGUAAAUCUGAAGAUUAUCAAAAGAAGUCUAAUGAAUAUAUGGACAGAACUCAAGCAUAUCAAUGUCUUGAUUUAAGAUUAGCCAAAUGGAUUACUCAAAAACAAUAUGAACAGUUAUAUAUUAAACCAAAUGAAGUAGAACUUGCUCAUUUAUAUUAUUUACCUAAAGCACACAAGCCUGGUACUCCUCUUCGUCCAAUAGUUUCUGGUCUCAAGCACCCAACAAUAAAAAUCUCAAAGUUUCUUGAUGAAUUACUUCGACCAUUAUUUGAUAAAAUGGCUGCAAAAACAACUGUAAAUUCUGGCUUUGAACUAGUCAAACAGUUGCAAGAAUGGUCUAAAAAUAAUAUGUGUCAAGAAACUUUAUUUUGUACAAUUGAUGUUAUGGACCUUUAUACUAUGGUACCACAAAUAGAAGGAGUACUAGCAUUAAAGAAAAUGUUGGAUCAUUUAAAAUUAAAACAAGUUGGUGGUCUUAGAAUUGAAACAAUUAUUCGGUUAAGUCGAUUUGUUAUGCAAAAUAAUUAUUUUUCUUACGACGGCCAAUAUUAUCAUCAAAUUCGUGGAGGAGCAAUGGGUUCUCCUCUUACACUAACUGUUGCUAAUUGUUAUAUGUUCUUUUAUGAACAACAGAUUAUAAAACAAAUCGACAAUAGUGGUGGAUUAUAUUUUAGAUACAUUGAUGAUAUAUUUAUAGUGAUUAAUUGGCCUGCUCGGCAUUUAUUUAAACAAAUCGAUAGAUGGAAUCACUUUGAUAAAAACAUUAAACUAUCAGAAAAUAUUGGUUCAACUGCUGAUUUCCUAGAUUUACAUAUAGAAAAUCAAGAUGGGCAAUUAUUUACUACAAUUUAUCAAAAGCCAUCUUAUGAACCGUAUUAUUUGCCAUUUAAUAGUACCCAUCCGUUGCACAUGAAGAAAAAUAUAAUAUUUACUAUGUUUCUUCGUAUUAUUAGAUAUUGUUCAACUUUCCAAGCCUAUUUAAGUGAGCGUGAAAGAUUACGAAUGGCUUUAUUAUUGAAUAAAUAUCCUAAUAAGAUUAUUAAAGAACAAUUUAAUCAUAUACCAUCAAAUGAUUAUAGAUUCCCAAUAAAAGAAAAAAUACCAGUAGAUUAUGGAAAAACAAUGUUUGUUCAUUUUACUUAUUGUUCAAGUAUGAAAACAUUUCCAAAAAAAUUCCACACCCUCUGGAAUAGGUAUUUUGGUGAAUCUCCGAUCAAUGAAGUUUUACCUGUUCUUGGUACACGUAAUGUUAAAAAUUUGCAAAGACAAUUAACUUAUACAAAAUAA